AUGAAUUUCUCGAUCGCCCCCAGCCCCGGGCUGCUGGACGUCGGGCUCGGGGACAGUGAGAUACCGGGCGGUGGCCCCCUGUUUGUGUGGUUCAACCGUACCUGGAACAGCUUCCUCGAUCGCAUCGGUGAUGACGAUGUGACGCUCUACGUAGGAUUCCUCACGGUGUACACGUACGGAUUUUUCUGGCUCGUCGGGGGCCUCUUCGUGCUGAUGGAUCUCACCAACUGGCCGCCGGUGCUGAGGCGCUACAAGAACCAGCCGGGAGCGAACGAACCACUGGACUGGGAGCGGUGCCGGAAGCUCGUCCGAGUGGUCCUACGCAACCAGCUGAUGUAUGGGGUCCCGACGACCUACUUCGGCUUCAUGCUCCGCUGGAUAGUGUUCUUCGAGCCGCCGGACGCGCGCAUCCUGCCCUCACUGACCACCGUCCUGCGGGACAUCGUGGUGUGCAUCGUGGUGUGGGAGAUCACGUUCUACUACAGCCACCGGAUGCUGCACUCGAGCUACUUCUACAAGCGGAUCCACAAGAAGCACCACCAGUGGACGGCUCCGGUGGCCUGGGCGGCAAUGUACGCCCAUCCUUUCGAGUUCAUCAUCAGCGACCUGCUACCGGUGUACAUUGGGCCGGCCCUCAUGAGCAGCCAUGUGUUGACGUUCGCGCUCUGGUUCACGUUCGUCAUGAUGGACACGCUGGUGGACCACUCGGGCUACCAUCUGCCGGUGCUCGGGAGCUCCGAGAUGCACGAUUACCAUCACCUCAAGUAA